GGAGAGUGGGGAGGGUAAAUGACCACUAGUAUAGUAAAAUGACGGCUAAAACUUGACUGCAAGCGCUAUGUGGAAGGAAAUCAAUGAACGCAAGUGGUGGCAUUUGUGGCCCUAUCUUGCAGUGGGGGACACUUUGGUGGGGGUGGUCGUUUUACCCAACUUUGUGGCAAGUUACUGGAUGGGCACGUGGCUGAUCUUUGACUUUUACCUCUUUCCCCGGGACAUCCAUAAGUCUGCCUGGAUUUGUUAUGGUGUCGGAAACGUCUUUGUGUUGUGCUCUAUCCUUUCUCAGGGGAUUCUCAGGGCGUGGCUGAUUCCCGAAGAUGGAAAACGCACGUGGAAAUUUGUACUAUCAGUGCAUAUGUACAAGUAUAUUAUGGCCCUAAUCGGUGUCAUGCAGUGGCGCGGACUAGCUUAUGUUACCGUUCUGUAUACAGGGAUGUCACUGACUAGCACUGUUAUAGGAUUGGUGGUUGCCACAAUCCUUCUUGCCCUGCUCAGAAAUCACUUAGGCAUCCUAACCCCUCCCCUCACCAUGGCCUUAGACCCAGGUGUUGAGGAUUCCUUCAUUAUUCCGACCAAGUUUUCUUGUGAGCCUGGACUGAAUUGGAAGUUCGUCUUGGACGCACUUUUCACCGUUUUUGUGAUCACAACUUUUGCUGGAUUUGCCCUCAAAGGAUAUUGGGUACUCCUGGAGAUGGCAAUGCCAGUAAAUGAAAACGAUCCAAUCGAAUUGUUGGACACAGGUUUUAUUUCGUUAUUGAUAUUCUACGGAUUAGUGUCCAUUCCUAUCAUUGGCCAGUACGAACUAAUGAAGCUAAACAAAAGAGUUGAGGAAAAGUAUCCGUGUUUGGUUGCCACAUUGGAGGAACUUUUCAUUGCCAUUCUCGGUAUUCUACCUAUGUUGUUUUGGCGUGCUGUGUAUUUAAUUCAUUUAAGCUUUCUGACGCCUGAGUAUUACAAGUUAUACCUUUGGAUCUCCCAUGUUGUAGGAUUUUUAGGCGUGUGCGUCAUGCGGGCGUCAUCAAGCAUGAUCCCCUUGGGAUGCGUCUCAGAUAAGGAGGCAUUCCAAAACGAGUUUGGGAUUUUUGACUACCGUUAUUCUAGAUUUUUUCUGGAUAAGAGGAGAACUAUACGCCAACAAGAGAAGGAAGACAAAUUAGACUUUAGUGAACUUAAUAAACAGACGAAUGGUGAUCACCAUUUAAAGCCCUAUUUCGCAUAAUUACCAUCAGUUACCAAACUGAUAUGUUGAAAAUGAAGGGGGUUCAAGGACUUACAACCUCUUCUCUGGAUAUGCACCAGCAUAAACUAUGAUAAUAGGGGCUAUUUGGAUUUAUAGAAUAUGAAAUGUUGAUUAAAUGACAUGUACCCGUGUGCUAGUGACACAAUACACAUGGUAAUGUUUAGCAAGAGCUGUCAUGUUAGCCACUAUACUACUACCAAUUACAUCAAAUAAUCACGACUGAAUAGAUAGGAAUUAAAAAUAUUUUUUUAUUCUGGAUUUUGGUGAAU